GAAGACAUCCCUGUUCAGAGGUGAACUUUGGCUUACAUCUGUCCAACGAUCUUGCCAAUGGCCUGAUAACUAGGAAGCGGCAGCCCGGCAUCUCCUGAAGGAAACGCCGGUCAGUAAAAGCCCACAAGUGGACACCAGACAGCCGGUGACCACCAGAGCAGAUGGGACGUGUCGGAGUAACGGAGAGGCUGUAAACGUUAUAGCUGCUGGGAAUGAAGGCAGGUUGUGGGGCACUGGUUUUUAAUUUCUGUCUGUCAGUUCCGUCGUCCAGUUAACGAGUCGCCUACCAAAUUAGCUUUCGAUACUUCUGGUGGAGGAAAAGAUAAUUACCAUGUAUUUAACCAUUGUGGAGCUGUGGAGAACAUACUGGGAUUGUGUUUCCAGACCGUACACGGUGUUCAUCUGCUCCCUCACGGCCGCUCUGUAUUAUCUGUGGGGCCGCAAGUGUCAGACACCAGUCUUAAUAUGUAGCAAGGCUUUCAGCAUAUUCCUCCAGAAACACUGUCCUGUGGUUGCUGAGCGCUUCAGUCCAACUCCCUGGUGCUGGGGAGGCCGGUUUCAAACCCUGGUCUGUGCCCUCCUUAAAUCCAGACCACCUGUCACUUAUCGAAAUGAGUUGAUUCGUACGGUUGAUGGUGGACAGAUUUCUUUGGACUGGGUGGACAAUCAGGCCAGUAACAAAUACCCAGAAUCCUCCACCCGCCCCACAGUACUGAUCCUUCCCGGCCUGACAGGGAACAGCCAGCAGUCCUAUGUGCUUCACGCUGUUAACCAGGCCACACGCCAUGGCUACAGAUGUGUGGUCUUCAACAACAGGGGGGUUGGAGGGGAGGAGCUGCUGACACCAGUCACCUACUGUGCUGCUAAUACCUCAGAUCUUGAACGUGUGGUGCAACAUGUCAAAGGUCUCUACCCUCAUGCUCCUGUGCUUGGUGCUGGUGUAUCUUUAGGAGGCAUGAUAUUGUUAAACUACCUGGCCCGUAAGCGUGCUGAAUCGGGGAUGGUGGCAGGUAUCACCAUCUCUGUCGCCUGGAAUGCUCUGAAGUCCUCUGACUCGAUGGAGGAACCUCUCAACUGGCUGCUCUUCAAUAAAUACCUCACACAUGGGCUGUGUCGUGCCGUCUCCAGGCACAGGAAGAUUCUGGACAAAGUGGUGGAUGUCGACUACGUCCUGAAGGCACGGACUAUCCGCGAGUUUGAUGAACGCUUCACAUCUCUGCUCUUUGGUUACAAGACUUGUUUGGAUUAUUACCAUGAUGCCAGCCCGGACAGAAAACUCCCCCAAACUGCAGUUCCUAUCUUGUGUCUCAACGCAGCGGAUGACCCAUUCUCUCCCCAGCAUGCCUUUCCAGUGUCCAUAGUCCGGUCGCUGCCCAACGUGGCCUUGUUGCUGACAGCCCACGGUGGACACAUCGCCUUCUUGCAGGGAUUGUUUCCGCGAGGGGAGAGCUACAUGGAGCGUCUGUUUGGCCAGUUUGUCCAAGCAGUGUUCGAAAACCCGAAGGACAUAAAGAAAGCCUGCGGUAUCAGAGGAGUAGAUGAAUGAAUGACAGAAUGAUGGUUAAAAAAUACAAGAGCAGUCCAAGUGUGCGUACCUCAGCCAAGGCUGAAUAAAAAGUUUCCAAUUUCCCUUAAAAAAUCACUUAAAAAAAGCCCCAUCUGUGCUGAAACCUUCUGGCAAAUUUGUCCAUUAAUACAAAUAAUCCAGCUGACUGACACUGCAGAGAACAAUCUGAUAAUUUAUCCUCCUUGGUGCAUGGGGUGAAGCCAUCUUGACACCUUGGCAGCAGACUAAGAGUUCAAAGAAUUGCAUUUGUUAUUGCUGCAUGCUGUCACCCUGUCACACACAUGCUUUUAUUCAUGUUUUCAGAAGGAGGACAGACUGUAUUGCAUAUGUAUUUGACCCCACUGCAGCUCUGCUAAUCUACCUCCUCAUCUUCUCAGGUUCGAUCACAGCAAUCAGUCAUACCAGAUUUUCAAAGAGUUUUAAAGUAUUCAUGAAAUCUUGGCGCAUGUGAAACGCUUCCGCUUGUAGGCGCACAGUAAGAUCAUAUACAGUAUUUUUAUUUAUUUUGUCACUUAAAUGUUAAGUGCGUCGUAUUGGUUUUUGCACAAGUAUAAAAUUGUGUGUGUGGGGAAAAAAAUAUUCAAACUCAUUCCUUGAUAUGAAAAUGUGUGCUUGAAGUUCUUUCCUUUUCCUCUUACCACUUUUGCUUUUCUUGAAGUGUGUAACACUUAAAGAUUAGCCCUGCAUGUGAUUGGUUGCAUGUCAAAAGAUGCAGUACAUUCAAUGAAGAUAAGAUGAGUUCAGUGUGUUUAAAAAAAAAAAAAAAUAUAUAUACACACAUAUAUUAGAUAUUUGCACUUACUGUCAAGAAAAUAUUGCUUGUGAAAUCCUUUGAUACAACCUGCCUUUUGAUUGUCAUUUGCACAUAUUGUUAGAAAACAGGAUGAUGAAGUAAUGUUUUUAAUGUCAAAAUUAUAGCUACUUUAGAGCUACAUGCUAAUUCUUUAAUGUGCUUUACAUAAAUUUGUCAUGAAUGUAAUACAAUGCAGACACGGUAAAUGUUUGUAUUCCCAAGAGCACUUAUUAUAAACAUGCCUCACUUAAUUUAAUGCCGUUUAUAUUAAUUUAUGAUUCAUGCUUUUAUUUUAACAACAGCCAAACUUGUUUUAUGUCAUUCUUUAAGAGAAAUGUGUUCAGCAGUGACUUAUGACCAUGAAGAUUUUGAAGCAGCUAGUGGGGAUUACUGUCGGCCUUUUGUUUGCUGCACGAUAAUGAGUUUUAAAAAGGAAAUGUGUCUCUUUUCAAUAUAAUUUGUUAUUUUAUUCACUCUAAAAUCACUGACAGUUUUGCCUUUCUUUGUUUUUGUGUCCAGGCUGUAAACGCAAUCACAGUAUUAUUGCUAUGCUGAUGUCAAAUAAAGUUGCAAUAUUUGGGCACAAUG